CUCGUAAGCCGUGUCAUUCUAACGGUGUCACAUUUUGUGUUUCGUUCUUCAGGUCUGAUCGGGGAUGCUAUUUGUGCGAGAAUGGCAGGAUUGGGAUUAUUUUACUGUUGUUACUGCCGUCGGGCAUUUUUACACCGCGAGGAGCUGAUCAGUCAUGUGUUAUCUCACUAUAAAGACGAGCGCGACGAACAAUUGUCCCUAUUGCAGAACAAUCAUCAUCCAAAUACCCCCAUUACCAGGACUCCUACGUAUGUCGACGCUGGGACAUCCCCUUCUGAAAGUGAAGCGUCGUUUUCCGCAUUUCCUACAGUGGUUGAACCAAGACCCCCACCGCCGCUGCUGGAUCGCUCGGAAGCGAUUUUAUCAACGUCUCCCGUAAUGCCGGUCGUUCCGGGAGUGGUUGCUCCCGGUAAUCACCCACAGCCCAGUUUCAGUAAGGAUGUUCUCUCUGCUGCCGAUCAGAAGUACCAGUGUGCCACGUGUGGAAAGUAUUUCAAGUAUUCACAUCACUUCAAAGCUCAUAAACGGAUACACGAAGGUGAAGGGCAUUUCUCGUGCGAGCAUUGCGGGAAGGUCUUCAGUCAAACCGCUCACCUCAUUCGCCAUAAGCGGAUCCACACGGGUGAACGUCCGUUCGCGUGCGAGCUUUGUACGAAAUCGUUUAAUCAAUCAUCGCAUCUCAUUCGUCACAAACGUGUGCACACUGGAGAGCGACCGUUUGUCUGUGACCAUUGUCACAAGAGUUUUUCUCAGAGUGCUCAUCUCAUGAAGCAUCGAAGGGUUCAUAGCGGUGAACGACCCUUUCCUUGUGAGGAUUGCAACAAGAAAUUCACUCAACACGUGAACUUGCUGAAACACCGGAAAACGCAUCACGGCGUAUCUGGCGAAGCAGAGCAGUUAUUACAAGAUGCAUUGUUGGAUACUUCUGGACUGAAUGAUGAUUUCGAUGAGGAAGAUUACGGGUCACCAGUUGGCGAGGAUUUGAAAGCUGCUUCUCCGCUGGGUGUAGGAGCGUUAUGAUUUUUUAUUUGGUUUUUUUCUUCUCGUUUCAGCCCAUUUGGAUUGUGAUAAUUAGUUUCCAUAGUGUCAGUGUUUGUUUGGUAGCGUAUUUCGUACGCUGGUUUUUAGUAAUGAACUAUUAUUACCAGGUGAAAA